UGGACAUGACACAGGAACCGGAAUUGAGGACCACAUUGUACUCAUGCGUCUUCGUGUUUACAACUAAGUAGUGGCUUCAGUCACCUUAACAAUUUACUUGGAAUAUUUGCGACUCAACAACGGGGCAUGUCGGACAACGAAGAUAACUUUGAAGAUGGAGAUUUUGAUGACGCCGAAGAGGAUGAGGGAUUGGAUGAUUUGGAAAACGCGGAAGAUGACGAUCAGGAGAAUGUACAGAUCCUCCCCGCAGGUGAGGGCCAGCAGGCCAACCAGAAGAGGAUAACAACAUCAUACAUGACAAAAUACGAGAGAGCUAGAGUUUUGGGAACUCGAGCGCUCCAGAUAGCCAUGUGCGCACCAGUCAUGGUGGAGCUGGAAGGUGAAACGGACCCGUUACAAAUUGCUAUGAAGGAGCUCAAGUGCGGAAAGAUCCCCAUAAUCAUCCGCCGCUACCUUCCAGACGGAAGUUAUGAGGACUGGGGGUGCGACGAGCUCAUCAUUAGCGAUUAAGCCACUUGUGCAGUCUGCAACAAUGGAGAUGCUGUCGGCUUCGUUCCUCCAGACUAUCAAAACGGCUUUUGACACAAUGCAUCAAACAGCAACCUCUUCUCACGUUGAAACGAACCCUUUGUAUCGCCUGUUCAAACCACAUUUGGAGGAAAAGUACAGUGAUUGUUUGUUUUAGAAAAUUCCUUUAUUUUCAGUCUGUUUUGGUGGAGAUUUAACUGUAAGAAACUGUUUUAUUGUUUUGAAUAAACUUGCGAUACUUCCA